AUGAUCAUGUCACCAAUUACGCCAAGUGAAGAGAAUAGUAUUUCCUCAUUUCGUCCUCGCGGACGAGGCAAAAGACAACCAAACUCAAACGAAUCUUCCCACACAUUAAAAAUGGCAACAGCUGGAGGUGAAGAAAUGGAGAUGAUAGGCAGGGAGCUUUGGACUGGUAUUAAUUCGGACACGCUCUCGCGACGGCCUCCAACUUUCGAGCGGGUAGACACGGCGUUUCGAGCGGGUAGACACGUUUCGGCUGACACACGUUCAUUGCAGUCAGCAUCGUCUCGAAAAAAUGCAUCUGUGCUGCAAUUGCGCAUUCAUGAAUCUACAUCUCCCUCAGUUUCUGAUGAUUCUUUCUCGGCCUCGGAGGGUGCAGUUAAAUGUUGUAAUUCAAUACGCAGUUCAGCAAUAUCGGAUGAUUGCCAUUCACAAACAUCGUUUAGUGAUUUAAUGGACUCUGAUUUGCUCGAAACUGAAAACCUGAAUAUUCAUCAGUCCGUGAAACCAGAACAUAGUAGAGGCCACAUUCAAUCGGCAGGGGACCAAAAUAUGUUUCACAGUCGUAGACCCACACCAUGUCUCAUGGCACCAAAGUUACCACCAGCUCAUCAAAGAGAAACGGUUAUUGUAAAAACGAAUAUUUACCCUCUAGAAGUUGGAAACCAAAUUGUAUAUCGUUAUGAUGUGCGGAUGUAUGCAAGCCGUGCAGAUACAUCGAAGGAACGAACUACAGACUUGUGCAGAGGCGAAAGAGAUGACUCUGGAGUGACUUUACGUCAUCAAAAGUGUAUGUUAUUGAUGAGACGUGCUUUGGAAUUAUACCGCGUUCUGAAUGAGAGUGGUGCUUACUUGUAUGAUUUGUCAAACACUUUGUUCACCAAUGAGCCGCUUAAUAAAGAACUGCUUCCUCGCUUGAAAAUAUCGAUGGAGCAGUUAACGCCAAAAUUGCGUGAUCUAAUUGGUGCGUGCGACGUGAUUGUUGAAAUAACACCGUGUGCAGAAAAUUCUCAUACUUUCAAUGUUAUCGAUUAUUGUGAUUCGGUUACGAAUGAUUUGGCUCGUCAGAAUCGCUCAUUUCGACAGUUUUUUGAAAUUCUCACAAAUAAUAGUGCUUUGCAAAAGGGAACGCACUAUGCAUUUGGUUGCGGUAAACUAUUUUUGGUGGAUGGUAAGAAGUAUAAACUUGGGGAACAGCCGUUGAGUGAGAGUAGAACUUUGAUCACCGGUGUCGAAAAGGGAAUUCGGAUUAUCGAGCGGUCGAGUGGCAGUAUCAUCCCAGCACUUGUCAUUGACUUAAAAAAAGCAGCAUUCUUUGACGCAGUUCCAUUGGCGGAUAUGGCGCAUAAUGUACUAAUGAAAAAUCACUUGUCUUCUCCUAUUCCUCCUUUGGAUGCAAAUCUUUUCAAUCAUUUUGUACGCAAAUUAAACGAUAUUAUUCGAGAUCUUCGAUUGCAACAUUCAAGCUGCACCAACAAGUCAUUUGUUGCAUCUGGUUUGUCAGACAAGCCUGUCGGACAGAUUAGACUUUCCGUUGGCAAAAACACACCGCCAAUUCCAAUGUUGCAGUAUUACAAGCAGCAAGGCUAUAUUAUUCGAGCAGAUUGGCCAGCCGUUCGUUUGAUUACGAAUUUUGGUACUUCAUAUUUUCCGAUUGAAGUACUGCGCGUUGCACCUUAUCAAAGAGUGCCAGUGAGUAAGCAGACACCAUCACAAAUGAAAGAUACAAUCAAAGAAUGUGCCAUACUUCCGCAUGCACGUUUCCGCGACAUCACCCGAAAUUUGCAGGCACUGGACCUAGGUGGAACGACACAUUAUAAUUCAUUUAUGGCCGCUUUUGGAGUACGGAUUAGUUCAGCUCCAAUCACUGUUGAAGGCCAUCGACGUCUUGCACCGAAGGUGCGAUAUUCCGAUGUGCAAGGUGGGAUGAGUGUCGUCGACAUCGAUGCCAGAAAUGCAAGCUGGAGAAUGAACGGAAAGGCAUAUUUGGUUGGGGCGCAUCUUCGCUGUUGGUUCAUACUUUAUGAUGAUGCUAGAGAUGGGGACAUGGUUAUGACAUUUUCGAAGACUUUGGUUCGCGAAUGUUGCAAAAAAGGCAUACAGAUGAUGGAUCCUAUCAUUAAAAAUGUUCAAUUUGAACAACUGGAAGAUUGUUUAAAACAAAUUCGUGAAACUUAUCCAAAUGAACGAGCAUUUGUGAUGUAUAUCGACUCACGUGAUGAUACUCAUGAUGAUUUAAAAUUAUAUGAAGCUCUUCAUCGUAUAGUCACACAACAUAUCCAUGGAUCGAGGGCUCGUGAAGCACCGAAAAAAGUUGCGACUUUAGAAAACAUCGUCAACAAACUGAAUUGCAAGAAUUUUGGGCAAUGUUAUGGAAUUAUUCCAGAAUCAUUUGCAACAAAUAAAUGGAUUUCAACUGGGAAGACCCUCAUAAUCGGUUAUGAUGUAUGUCAUCCAGAACCCCAGCCAAGACAUGAAAGAAGAAUGCGGAUGCCGCCUACACAGCCAAGCGUUCUUGGAAUUAGUUUUAAUGGAGCAUCUUGUCCGGAAACCUUUAUUGGUGAUUAUUCAUUUCAAGAACCUCGUAAAGAACAAGUGACAAGCUCCAUUUUGGAAGAACGAAUUUACUGGAUUUUGAGCCUCUUUUAUGGUAGUCGUAAUGGUAUGCUUCCCGAAACUGUGAUUAUUACACGUGAUGGCGUUUCCGAGGGACAGUUCAAAAUGGUAAUGGAGGAUGAAGUUGAAGCCAUUCGGCAGGGAAUGCGUAAUUUUGGGAAGGCUGAAGCUGGUGCCGAUAAUUACUCACCGAAUAUAGUAUGCAUAAUUGCUUGCAAAAGGCACAACAAGCGUUUUGCAGUUGAGAAUAAUCACUCCUUAGGAAACUGUUUGCCACUGACAGUGAUUGAUAGAGAUAUUACACGUCCGGACACUACGGAAUUUUUUAUGCAGUCGCAUAAAAUUAUAAAGGGUACCGGAAAGUUGCCUGCAUAUUCAAUGCCCAUUAAUGAAGCAAAUUUAACUAUGGACGAAGCGCAAUCAUUGAUGAUGGCUCUAUGCUUUACGCAUCAAAUUGUUAAUCAAGCAAUUUCAAUUCCAGAACCAAUUUAUCAGGCAGAUGAAUGGGCUAAACGAGGGCGUAACAACUUCAGGGCUAUGUUGAGACGUGUUGGCGGUAAAGAGCGUUUACCAACGUUAGACGGUGGAAGCAUUGAUUGGAAUCGUGUCACACGACGCCUUUGUUAUAUGGACACUGAAUUGGAAUUGACACGAGCCAAUGCAUAA